AUGGCGUUGGCUGGCUGCGCGAUGCGAAGCGUCUUGAGAAGGUCUUCUGUGGGCAUGCCAAUGAAGACUCUGGCGCCUCUGUCGCUUCUGUCGCCUUCGCGGAUGAGAGCUACCACCAUGGUACCAAGGGCCCAGUCUGCGCGAUGGCAUGCGCAAGAUGCACAUCAGUUGAACCCAACUCCGCUUGGUGUCAAGCUUUCUGCUGAACAGCCUGUGAACCAUCAGUUCCAUCGCCACUCCACAAGGUACAGCCGAACCUCUCGUGAGGUUCUGGACGCUUUGGACAAGGACUGGAUGGAGCAACCCCACUAUGAACCUAUCACGUGGCAAGACCGGGUUGCUCUGAAAAUCGUCAAGUUCCUCCGAAGAUGCAGCGAUGCUUACUUCAAGGACCGACUCCUAGACCGAGCCUGCAUGCUGGAGACUAUUGCUGCGGUGCCAGGCUUUGUGGCCGGGAUGGUUCAUCACAUGCGCUCCCUGCGCCGCAUGGUCCAUUGCAACUGGAUCAAGCCCGUCAUGGACGAGGCAGAGAAUGAGCGCAUGCAUCUCAUGACCUUCAUGGAGUUAUCCAACCAACGAUGGCACCAGAGAGUCAUGGUGGUUUGCGGCCAAGGUGUGUUCUUUGCAGGCUACACACUGUUCUACAUCCUCACUCCCCGAAUCGCGCAUCGCUUCGUGGGCUAUCUGGAAGAGGAGGCAGUGCAUACCUACACAGAGAUGCUCAAGAUGGUCGAUGCUGGCAAGAUCAAGAAUGUCCCUGCCCCUCAGAUCGCGAUCAAGUACUGGAAUAUGCCCGAGGAUGCCACCCUGCGGGACGUAAUUCUGGUAGUUCGUGCAGAUGAGGCAGAUCACCGGCUUGUGAACCACCACAUGGGCGACCUCAUCGCCAACGCCAAGGACAAGGCGCCUGUCAGGGACGGCUGCAAAGACUACAAGCCCUGCGAUGAAUUCCAUGUGGAUCUCAGCAUUGAUGUCGGUCCAACAGUCGCCCGCAAGUCUAAAGGGGGGGUUUAG